AUGGCUCAGAGAAGUAAAAAAGCAGCUUCCAAAGCCAGCCAUUCCAGGAGCAAUUCCACAGAAAUCCCAGUUGUAACUGGGCCUAAUAUGGACUCCUUGGGCUUCUUGGCGAUGGAGAACAACGUCCCGGGUCUGUCGCACGUCAUCCUUCAAAAACUCAACAUGAAAAGCUAUGAUGACUACAGGUCCGCUAUGGAGGGCAAGAAACUGUGCACCGAUUUUGGCAUCCGAUCCUAUUUUGAAAUGUUCCAGAAAAUGGAAGACACAUUCAAGUUCUGCGUCGAGUGCAAAAAGCUUCCAGGAUCUCUCUCCGAUCCCAAAAGCCUGCGGCGGUGCAAAAGAUGCCACAAUGUCUACUACUGUGGUUCAGAGUGCCAACGUGCCAACUGGCCCAUCCACAAAAAGGUCUGCAAGAAACUGAAACUGGUGGCCCUUGAUCGACUGGUGGAAUGGCUUAUAUUUACUGGCGACAUCCCUUUCCCCACGAGCUCAUGGACAAAACGUAUCCAGGAUGUGAAAGGCUGGGAGGACUGGUUCCUCAUGCAAGAGGGCCUGGAGGAAAAGCUGCAUUCGAUCAUGACCGGGCGUUACAUGAACAUCCUUUGGGCCAACGCAGGGAAGCCCAAGCCCGAUGAGGCAGAAUUGGUGGAGUCAGUCAAGAGAGUGACGACAGACUUUGUCUCCAGGCCAGCCACUAUUGGCCUGGGAAUGUAUGCAUUUGGUCUCGAUCCUUAUGCCAAGCCGGUUACGGUGCAUGUUGUUGGGGCUUCCCAUGUCGAGACCCUCAACGCACGAGUGACAGACUAUGAUGAGCUGUCCCGCAUGUUCCCAAAGCAUCAAGGCAUUGAGGUGGUGAUGGUCGGUGUUGACGUGGUGGACGGGCCUAUCAUGAGACCGCCGCUGGUGGCCUUUGGACCCCGAGGGAGAGUCUACCUCAGCAGCUACAAGGGCCUGUAUCAUGAUUUCUGGGAAUUGCAAGUGGAGACGCAGCAGGCUGCUCGCCCUGACAUUGUGGUUGGCUUCCAUCCUGGGUUCCAUGCCUGCCAUGACCUGAUGGAAAGUUGGCUGCCCACCUUACUCCUUCUCCGAGACUACAAGAUUUCCUCGCUCUUCACUGUGUACAGUGAGCAAGAAAUGAAGAAUUCCCUCAAGAUCCUGAUGGAGUUAGAAGCCCAGAUCACAGGCUGUGGACCCAAUCCCUUUGCCUCCCUCAAACCGGAGCAGGCCUAUUCAAACCCCAACAAGCCUCCGGUCUACUGCAACUCCCAUUAUAUUAUGUUCUAUGGACUCUCUGGUGCGACAGAUGAACCAGAUGUGGGAGAGAUAGAUGAGGAAGAGAUGGAGGAGACAAAUUAGGAGAUUAGAAGAAGAUUUAGAACUUUACUGGAACUCACAUGUAUGUGUGUUGUCACAUGGCAGGCAGAGAUGGAAUCAGCAGCCCGAGUGUCAAUGUAUGCACUUUCUUGUGUGCCUUCCAGUCUAUCAUGCGGAUUUCUUGGCAAGAUUUGCCAUUGGCUUCCCUGAGGCUGAGAGUGUGUGACUUGGCCAAGGUCACCCAGUGGCUUUAUAUGGCUGAGCUGGGAAUUGAACCUUGGUCUCCAGAGUCACAGUCCAGCACUCAAACCACUACGCCACGCUGGCUCUCCAACUUGGAGAGCUGCAAUUUGCAUAAAUAAGCAAUCUGUGCAUGCUUAUUCUUCAGCAUUGCCUUUCUCCUUGCAGAAGAAGGAUCAAGUGUUCUCUCUAGGAAUCUCUAGGUCCUUCAGUGUGACUGUUGGUUAAAAUUGACCACAGAGUUGUUAUGGAGGACCUAGAUAUUCCUAGAGGGAACAUACAGUAUUAAUAAAAUUCAUGAAUAAUCAAAUCUACAAAAGUCAAAGCCGCAAAUGCACCGGGGCAAGUGAACUUCCCAUUGUUACUGAGCAUUAUUGCCUUUUCCAAUGUGUCUUGUUUUGCCGUGUAUCCAAAGUACAAUAACCUCAGUUUAGUAACUUUGGAAGAGCUUGGGCUUCACUGGCUCUUGGACCCAUUUGUCUUUUUGAUUGUUCAUGGUAUCCAUGGAGCUAGGUAUUGUUGUCGUUGCAUGCCUUCAAGUCAUUUCCAACUUUUGGCGACCCUAUCAUAGGGCUUUUUUAAAAUAAGAUUUAUUCAGAAAGGGACUUGGCUUUGCCUCCCUGAGGCUGAGAGACUAUGAUUUGCACAGUCAAUGAGUUUCCAUGGCUAAGCAGGGACUCGGACUCUCCAGAAUCAUAGUCCAGCUACAACACUGUUUUCCGAUCCCAAGGUCCAACUAUGAGUCUGCAGUGAUAGGGGAGACCAAUUUUGACCCAUGGUCAAUUGCAAAUUUAAUUUGGGGCUGUAGAUCAUUCAGAAGCCAUUGUGUUUGAAAGUCAUUUCUGCUUGUGGCUUCCAGGUUCCUUGGAUUAAUUUUCGGCAUUUUAUAAGUGGGAUCUUAUAACUGCAACCUCCGGGAAGCCUCUAGUAGCAGCAGUUGAGCUCUUAAAAAAAAUACUUUCGGGUGAUACCUCAAUUUUUAAAAAAUCCUGGGCGAAAGGGGUUGUAAUUCUUUUAUCCCUGACAAUAUGAGAAUUGGUCUACCCAGUUUUAGCAUCCCUACCAGGCUGUUCUGAUGACUUCCCGCUUUCAACGCAGAUUGAAGAUCAGAGUAUUAAAAUUGCCCAGAAGACUGUAACGUUUCAGAAAGUGGUCUCAAAAAAGGAGGCCAAGGGUGUUAGCAAACAGCUCACUGUCUAAAGCUGCCUAGCUAUUAUGUCAUUAUAUUCGAUGCUGUUUUACCGUUUCUGCCGUUGCGGAUUAUGUUGCUCCAUUGUGUAGCUCCUUUUUCCUUUUCAAAUCGUGUGAGCUGUGGACAAAAGCAGUUUAGUGUAAUAUAAUGGAGGCAUUUGUAAUUAAUUCCUGUACCAUUCGUGUCUCACUUUUGUAAAAUGGCAGUGUACCUCGUUUUAAUGGUUUUAACCAUUUGUUUCUAAAAUCAAAGUAUGGAACA